CAACGCGGUUGCCGCAGUCGCAGAGUUGCAGAGCUGGAAGGCGGGGUUGCUUGGGUCGCCUCCUGUCGCCUGGACUGUUCGCAGACACGUUCAUCCGACGUUUCCUUAAGUACUCAGAAUGUCGGUUACCCAAGUCCAGUCAACAGAUGAGUUUAAGAGCAAGCUGAAGGAGGCCGCCAACAAGCUGGUUGUGGUGGAUUUUUAUGCCACCUGGUGCGGGCCGUGCAAAAUGAUCGCCCCGAAGAUCGCGGCGAUGGCCAAGGAGCACACGGACGUGGUGUUCCUGAAGGUGGACGUGGAGGAGCUGGACGACCUGGCUGCCGACUACGAGAUCAACUGCAUGCCCACCUUCAUCUUCAUCAAGCAGGGCGAGAAGGUGACCAGCUUCUCGGGCGCCAACGCCGACAGGCUGCUGGAGCUGGUGACACAGCACAAGUAGGCGCUUGUACCGGCCGCCGCCGCCGCCUCCCGCACAAUCCUGCGCGCGCCAGCGCAGUGCCAUCUUCGGCGGCGUGCGGUCGCCGCGCCCCCUGCCGGGCCGAAUUCCAGCGCGGCGCGGGGCUGCGUCUGGCCUGCCUCGCACCGCAGCCCGCCGGUGGCCGGGCGUCCGGCUGAGAAUGACCAAGUGUUCUUCACUGUUGCGCCUUAUCCUGUAUUUGC